GGGUGACAAAAGCACGGAUAAACUACCUCAGGAAAUUUCAGUUUUAGUUAUCUCUUUGGCCAUCUCUGGAUACGCUCACAAAAUGAAGCUGAUAUUUUUAAUCUUGUGCUUCUCUUAUGUCUCCUUUGAUGCUUCAUUGGCAGGAAGACAAAAAAAGCACGGAAGAGUGCGGGUAGACAAGAAAUCAUUUGGAAGAUUUCUUCCAUUGAGUGAUAAUCGCCUACUUAAAUUUCCGAAUUCGAAAUCACAGCCUCGGUUCCGAAAUCAGUUGAAAGAUGAUUCAUCUUAUACAGAGUGGAGUGACUGGUCUAAAUGCAACUUCAAGUGCAAACAGUCGCGGAAGAGACAAUGCACAAGGCCAGAAAUCUGCCAAGACAACAUUCAGAAGAAUUUCAGGAACUGCAGGCGCCAUCAGUGCCGAGAUAAAAUGCAGAUAAUAGUACAUGGACCUGGCAGAAACAGCGCACGACGUUCGAAAGACAAACUUAUAAAAGCUGUUGAACCUAUUAUUUACGGUCAGUGGUCAAGUUGGAGUCCCUGUGAUAGUUCUUGCUAUACUAAACGAACUAAGAGGUGUGUCAUGCCAGGUAUCUGCAAUGGAAUGCCAACAAAAGAACAGUAUAAGGAAUGCUACCUUGGAGGUGAUGAAUGCGAGAAGAAACUUCUCGAAAGAAAACUUCGGAACAUGACAGACGCAGAACCUCCAAAACAAAUCUUGUCAGAGAGCGAUCACCCAUUAGAUAAUGUCAGUUGUGGAAUAGCCAAAGUUUUUGGACAAUCUCGCAUAACUGGAGGAAGACGAGUCAUGAAAGGUGCCUGGCCUUGGCAGGUUGUCAUCUUGAAUGAAUUGAAACAGCCUUUUUGCGGUGGUGCCAUUCUCAGUGAGCGUUGGGUACUGACCGCUGCCCAUUGCACCCGUAACAAGCUGACAGUGAGAGCUGGGGAACAUGAUCUCUCGCACCACGAGGGGACAGAACAAGAAUAUGAAGUCGCAGAGGUCUUUGUCUCCCCUCAGUACAAUUCGAAGACAGUCGAUAGCGAUAUAGCGCUGCUGCUGAUGGAAACGCCCUUUGACUUGAACCAUUACGUACAACCCAUUUGCUUACCUGACGAAGAGGAUGAGAUAGCACCGCAUACAAGAGCUACUAUUUUAGGUUGGGGCAGACGUCGCAACGAUACAAAUUAUGGUACAGACAUUCUGCAUCAAGCAGACGUUCCAAUUGUAUCAGAUGAAGAAUGCCGUGCAGCUUACAGUCGAUAUAUCAUCAGCGAAAGGAUGAUAUGUGCCGGUUUCGAUACUGGCAGAGUUGAUUCUUGCAGGGGAGAUAGUGGUGGUCCCCUCAUGGACAAGAGACAGGAUGGCACAUGGGCCAUCUAUGGCGUCACCAGUUUCGGUGAUGGUUGCGGGGAAAAAAGAAAGUAUGGCGUUUAUGCUAGUGUGCCUGCUCACUUGAAGUGGUUAAAAGCCAUCAUCAAACAUGCAGAGGCCAUUGAGCUUACAACACCAGAAAUGCCCCCGGAACAAACCCCAACGGAGAGUUUUCGGGAAGAAGAAGAAUAAUCUAUUGAGAUGUUUUAAAAUACCUCAUCUAUGAUUGUUCUAA